AUGUCGACUUGCAAUACAAUUCGAUCAUCUCGAUUCCGCUCGCGUUCUAUUUCAAGAUAUUAUACGCAUGAAUCGCUCAGAUGUUCCAGUUCUACUGCUCGAUCCAGUCCAAGGGCGCUAUUAUCACAGCUUUUUCUGCCAACUGUGAAAGAAAUCCACGAGGGAACAUCGAAACAUAUUGGACAGAGUCAUCGAUUGAUGAUUCGGGCUGGUUUAAUAAGACAAUCGUCAUCGGGCAUUUUUUCGUUUCUCCCGUUCGGCCUGCGUUCGCUUAGAAAAGUCGAAAAAAUUAUAGACGAAGAAAUGGAGAAUAUAGGAGCUCAAAAACUAUCGCUUCCUACAUUAUUGAGUGCCAAUUCAUGGCGACAAACUGGACGAUGGGAAACCGCUGGCAGUGAGCUUUUCCGUCUCAAAGAUCGCAAGCAAUCCGAGUUUUGUCUUGCUCCUACCCAUGAAGAAGAAAUUACGCUUUUGGUAGCCGAAGAAAUUUCUUCCUAUAGGCAGCUUCCCCUCAGGCUAUAUCAGAUUGACAGGAAAUACAGAGAUGAGAUGCGACCGAGAUCGGGUUUAUUAAGAGGUCGUGAGUUCAUGAUGAAGGAUCUGUACACUUUUGACAAGACUGAAGAAGCCUCAGUGAACACAUACAAGGAAGUUGUGGAUGCAUACAAAAGAAUCUUUUCUAGAAUCGGACUCCCUUAUGUUGUGCUGAUCGCAUCGCGUAUCGAAAACAAAACACGAACAACCAUGGCUACUUACGAGAAAGCCGAGAAAGCGUUGAAGAAGGCGGAGCAGGAGUAUGAAGAGGGAUUGAACAUCGCACUAAGAAAUCCCGUAUUGAAGAUGGUAAUACAUUCUGCACCACUUUAUUGGAAGCUGCCAGUGGCCAGGCCAAUCGAUAUUAUGGAUAAUGUUACCAGUCGCGAUCUCCUGUAUUAUAAUGAGACUGACUGUGAUAGCAUGCUAGCUACAAAGUUUAGUGCCGCACUCUCAGAAAACAUUGGAAAAAACUUCUGGACGCCUACACAGAACAGGAUAUGA